GCGGUGCUGCUGUGCCUGUGCUGCCGGGCGGCGGCGGAGCGGGUCCGCUACUCCAUCCCCGAGGAGCUGGGCAGAGGCUCGCUCGUGGGGCCGCUGGCGCGGGAUCUGGGGCUCAGCGCGGACGAGCUGCCGGCGCGCAAGCUGCGGCUGAGCGAGGAGAAGCAAUACUUCACGGUGAAUGAGGAAAACGGGCAUCUAUACGUGAAUGAGAGACUGGACCGGGAGGAGAUGUGCGGCGAGUCGGCGACCUGUUCCGUCAGCUUCGAGGCUCUGGUGCACAACCCGAUGAACAUCUUCCGUGUUGAGGUGGACAUUCAGGACGUGAAUGACAAUUCCCCGGUCUUCAGGAACGCUGCUCUGGACCUCGAUAUAGGUGAAUGGAUUCCUCCCGGUGCUCGUUUUCCUCUGGACAUGGCACGAGACGCCGACGUAGGAAGCAACUCGGUUCUGACUUACCAACUCACCAGCAACCCGUCGUUCACUCUGGCCUUGAGGGAGAACCCAGGUGGAAAGAAGCAGCCUGAAUUAGUACUGGAGAGAGCACUGGACCGAGAGAAGCAGAGCUCCUUUGAGUUGGUGCUGAUGGCCGUGGAUGGUGGGGACCCCGCGAGGUCUGGGACUGUCCAAGUUCGCAUCAACGUGACGGACGCCAACGACAACUCACCCGUGUUCAGCAAAAGAAUCUAUGAGGCGCGAGUGGCAGAGAAUUUACCGGUGGGGUCACUGGUGCUGCAGGUGCUGGCCACGGAUGCGGAUGCGGGUUCCAGCGGGAAGGUUUCCUACUCCUUCGGCAACGUCCCAGACGACGUCGCUAUGUUGUUCAGCAUCGACAGUGAGAGUGGUGAGAUCAGGACAGCGGGUCCCCUCGAUUUCGAGGAGAACAGUAAAUAUAUCUUCGACCUCGAGGCGAGGGACGGGGGUGGACUCACCGAAAAGUGCGAAGUGCAGAUAGAUAUCACGGACGUGAACGACAACACGCCCGAAAUAACCAUUUUGUCGCUGUCGAGUCCCGUGACCGAGGAUGCUCCGACCGGCACCGUGGUGGCCCUCCUGAAAGUGCGGGACAGAGACUCCGGCGAGAACGGUCAGGUGUCGUGCGAGCUGUCGGGAGAGGCACCGCUGUCGAUCGUGGCGUCGUCGGGCGGCUCGUACAAGGUGGUGACGGCGAGCGCGCUGGACCGCGAGCAGGCGUCCGAGCACCGCGUGACGGUGGUGGCCCGGGACCGUGGGCGGCCGGCGCUGUGGAGCAGCACGGAGCUGGUGCUGGAGGUGUCGGACGUGAACGACAACGCGCCGGUGUUCGAGGAG